AUGCUCGUCGCCACCAAUGUCCUCCAAGAAGGUGUCGAUGUCCAAACCUGCAACCUCAUCAUUAAGUACAACGUCACCGGCAACGUCAUCAGCGAGGUGCAGAAGCGAGGUCGUGCUCGUGCCGUCGGAUCCAAGUCCGUGCUUCUCGCCGUCACCGAGUCGGUAGAGCAACGGGAGAUGGAGAACAAGCUCGGUGAAAUGUUCAUGGACAGGGCAGCGAAGAUCAUCUCCCGGCUGAACGAGACCGAGUUCACCGCCAGGACCUUCGGCGACACAGCCCUCGUGCUUGGCAAGGCCAAAUGCGCAAAUAUUGUGGGCGAUGGGCCCUGUAAUCAGCACCUUGGUUAUGUGCUCAAGUAUGCAGAUUCCUAUCAUGUACAAUUGACGUUGAGAUCGCUGCUGAUCAUCGACGACCAAACGGGUGAUCCGUCGGAUGAGACCAGAAGAAAAUGGGCGAGCGUCCGAACGUCGUUGUUCUGGAUUCGUGGCAUCAACGAUGGGGAUUUGAAGCGCAUGCUUCGGCCGCUACCACAGAAGUUGAUGAGGUCGUUCGUGGAGGCAGAGGAGGCGCUGAAGCAAGAGAUGAAGCAACAAUUGUCUCGUCGUCGUGAGCGCUUGGCCCGAGGCCAGCAACCACUCUUGGAAUGGGACGACGACUACGACAUGAAAAGAAAUGAGAAUGAC